AUGAGCUUCGAUAAACCCUCCUCCGCCACACAUUGGAACUCUUCUCUUGGUCGUUCGUCCGACAAACAGAACAAACCCGAGACUGGUCACUCUGCGUCCGUUUGGGGUCAAACAUCACGCGGGCUGACUGCUCAGGGCACUCUACCACCCCUUGCAACUUCUGGUCUUUCUUCCACAUCUGCCUUCGGACAAGCGUGGAGGCCAUCAUCAAGAGGUGAUCUUGACUUAGACACAUCCAGAGCAACCCCAGGUCUUCCACCUGUAGUGUCAAACUCCUCGGGGCGCUUUACUCUAUCAAGACGCCCGACUACUCCUCAAUCAGCGCACAGCCAGUCUUCAUCAUCGAACAACCAUCAAGCUGGCGCAAUCCAGCAGCCGAACACUUUUGUUGGCCGACCGUUCACAUCCCCACGCUCCAGAGCCAUCAGCCCCCUGUCGGCCUUGGGAGGAGCUCCCACUUGGAAUAACACGGGGUCUGGGGCCGCAGCCGGCGGCGGUACCAGCUCAGGCCCCAGAAGCGGUGGACUACACUCCCCAUCGAUCCCUGGGACUGGUCUUAAUUCUCCUACCUCACUCAAGUUCGAGCGCUCCCCAAGCAUCUCGUCCAAUCCGAAUUCCUCGUCCGCCUCCAAGAUCUCCGCGACCCAGAUAGUCCUUCUGGUAGAUACGAUUACCGAGAAAAAGGGCCAGCUCGAGUGGGAAUCGAAAGCUGACAAGAUUCGGAAAUUAUUAGACACCAACGGAAUGGAGGUGUUCACACAAUACUUCCGGCGCUUGGUAUCCUCGAAUGCGUCGGCCAUAUUCGACGGAAGAGAUCGCGAUCAUGGAAGCUACAAGCUCCUCCAGCAGGAGAUGGAUAAGGUAGCACUCGAUGUCGAACAAGCCUCCAAGAUUGCCGAGGCCAUCGACACCUCGAAAGAGGAUAUCUACAAAGACUUCGAUCUGAUCAAGUUCACGGCAUACUUUCACUCAGCAGACGCCAUCUCACAAGUUUUACUCGCCACCGCAUUCACGCGCUGUACACGGGCCGAUCUACGUAACAAGGCAAACAAGGUCCUCGCGGAAGCAAUAGUGCCUUCUAUACAGCAGUUUUAUGAGAACCGGACACAGCUGCACAACUAUUCUCCAAAAUGUGUGGCUGCUGUCAUAGAGCAGAUCGCGCUGUCGUCAGCUUUGACUACGACCGAGCAGAAGGCCGACCUCUACUGGACAGUCCGAAGUCGGUACGAGGGCCAGCAAGACGCCCCUGCAGAUGUUGUAUCUGCGCUGUCGCUCUUGCGGCUUCCUGCUGAUGACCAAAAGAUCGCGAAAAGUUUGCUCCGGACCGGCACCAAGAGCACGGCCUCCAAACAAGCAGUUGAGGAUAUUUUGCAUGGCAUCGGUCUCAACAAUAUCACUGACUCAGAGGUCUCCCACGCGCUGCUGUUCAUGUCAUACGCUCGCUCGCAAUCAUAUGACAUUAGCAUGUUCAUCAGUACCGUCCAGAGCAAAGCGAACAACGUAUCAGUGGAUUGGCCCCAAGUAGUGACAGGCUUCGACUUGCCAGAUCUUCAGAUACAAACAGUUGAUUUUGUGCGCCUGUUCAAGGCUCUGAGAGUGAUCGCGCUGGACGACUCUGACUUUGACCUCCAGAGAUUAUGGGGCGGUCAAUGGCACCAUCCAGCUACUCAGAUGUCGUUUCUGCGAGCAUUCUUGAGCGCACUGCCUGAAGACGUUGGCCCUUCGCAGAUACCCAAUUUUCGCUCGAGCAUACCAAUAGCCGACAUGGCAAGCUUGAGCGAGGACAAGAGGAGAUAUCUUGACAGCCAUCUGAAUACCCAGUAUACGUCACUCGACGCCAUGGUCGCUGUUCUCGAGAUAUCUCUGGCUCAAGAGCUUCAAGGCGAGGAUCUCGGUAGGAACGAGAUCUUGACUGAGAUACUCCACAAGCACUCCAUCGUUUUCCUCCUGUCGCUGGUGACGCUCAAGCCGAAGACUUGGACCGCACUGCAGGAGAAGGUCAUCCAUGAAUGCUUUCGACUAUUCAUCGAGAAGCAGAGAGAUGACGCACCCAUCGUGCUCGAGUCGCUGUACGCGCUGGAUCCCAUGCUGGUCUUCAGCUUGUGCGCAAUCGUGUUCGCACAAGAUCCUCGCGAGACAGAGUUCAUCUACCAGCGAGCCGAGGAAUUCGGAUGGACGACAGAGUUUCUCAAACAUUGGCAAAAUCCUCUUGCCCUGGAUUUGGCCUGCAUGCGCAACAAACGUAACGCCGAUUUUGAUCUCGAUGGGUAUUUGACAGACGUGGCUGAAGGCAAAGGUCCCGCACAGCUUGGUAUGGUGUUAUGCAAGUACCUGAGGAUCAAGGCCGACGACGAAUUUCGCGUGCAGAGAGACCAAGCAAGUCCUCAAUCUGUUCCUCUGAGUCUUGGAACAGUUCAAACGCUCCUAGAGAAACUCGACGAGUUCAUCAGUGAGCGCGAGCUUGUGGAAAGCGCCCAAACAACAUGCCUGCAAACAUAUCCGCGACUUAUCAAUUUUGGCACAGGUUUUGACGAACUCCUAGAGAAGAGCUCCGAAGAACAUGGCAACAAAUUGUCCAAGGAGACCGAUGAUCGCAUGUCCGAGCUAUUCGGCCGGAUGUAUCGCAACGAGGUCUCAAUUCGUGACAUGGUCACAGAGAUGAAGGAUCUGAAGCUGUCAAACGAGCCUGAGAGGCAAGAUCUCUUCUGCUGCAUAGUGCAUGGGUUGUUCGAUGAGUUUCCCUGCUACAACGAAUACCCAGAGGAUGCGUUGCAAAAGACUGCUUUACUGUUCGGCAAUAUCAUCAAGUACAAAUUGCUUCCAUCUAUUCCGCGAGAGUACAGUCUCUCGCUUAUGCUGAAAGCUGUUCGCGACAACCCGCCCGGAAGUCUCAUGUACGAGUUUGGCAUCGAAGCAAUACUACAGAUCUGCGAUCAGCUUCCCGAAUGGCCUGGCUACUGCACAUAUUUGCUCAGAAUACCGACUCUGCGGCAUCCAGAAAUCAGACAGCGCGCGCAGGAGGGACUUCAAAAGCAAGAGGCUGAAGGCGAGGUCAACGGCAACGGUGUCGGCCCUCAUACUAAUGGCUAUGGGUUCGAUAUGCCUGCCAUCGAUAGCAACCGAGCAUUCCGUUCCAUCCACGCCGAUCCUGCUCCAGCGAACCUGCGCUUCCAGGAUCCUGAUCCAGCGGUGCAGGAGUCCGUUUCCUUCAUCAUCAACAAUCUCAGCCAUGGCAAUCUAGAGUCCAAGGUGUCGCAGGUCAGGGAUUCACUCAACCCUGAGAGCUACCAGUGGUUCGCGAACUAUCUCGUAGACGGUCGUGCGAAGCUGGAAGCCAAUAACCAGAAACUCUACUGCAAUCUGCUCGCUCUGCUUGACGAUAGAGUUCUUAUCACCGAAGUCCUCCGACAGACCUAUAUCAGCAUCGUCAAGCUCAUCAAUUCCGACACCAAUGGUGCUACGGAAAGAGGUUAUUUGAAGAAUCUGGGAAUCUGGCUCGGCUCGCUCACUCUCGCACAGGACAAGCCAAUCAAGCACAAGAACAUCUACUUCGUCAACCUUCUAAUUGAGGGGCACGAAACGCAGAGACUGGUCACUGUCAUUCCUUUCACCUGCAAGGCACUCACUCAGGCCAAAGACUCCAUGAUAUUCAAGCCUCCGAAUCCCUGGACGAUGGAGAUUGUUCAGGUCUUGAAAGAGUUGUACGAAAUUGCCGAGCUCAAGUUGAACCAGAAGUUUGAGAUCGAAGUUCUUUGCAAAGAUCUGAAGCUUGAUAUCAAGAAGAUCACUGCAGCGACGAUUGUGCGAGAUCAUGCACAGCCUGACGAAGACUCAGUGAACAUCUCUGCAAUGCCAGAUGGCCUCGAGAAUUUCGACGACCUUUCUCUUAAUGGUGCCAUGAACCGAGGCGUCAGAGAACGCGUCUCGGUUGCAGAGAUUAUGGCAAGCCUGCCAAAUCUACGCGACGUGCUCAAAUACCCGCCUCACUCCGGCCCGCCUCAAGAACAGGCUGUCAUUGAAGAGGUCGUGUCAAGAGCUUUCGAGCAGGCGAUACAAGAAAUAAUCGCACCAGUUGUCGAACGGUCUAUCACCAUCGCAUCAAUUUCAACGGCUCAGCUCAUUGCAAAGGACUACGCGAACAACGCUGAUCCGGACCAAUACCAAGCAGCUGCGCGCCAGAUGGUAAAGUCUCUUGCCGGAAGCUUGGCCUUGGUCACUUGCAAGGAGCCUCUUCGCAUGAGCAUCACCAACUGGAUCCGUCGUCCAAGUGAAGACAUCCAGGAGUCGAUUAUGCCCGAAGGAGCUAUUCUAAUGUGCGUAAACGACAACCUAGACACUGCAUGCAGCUUCGUUGAGACUGCCGCCACCGACCGUGCUAUUCCAGAGAUUGACCACGUCAUUGCACCUGAACUAGAGGAGCGACGACAAUUUCUAGCUGAGGGAAGCGGCCGCGCUUUCGUCAGCAGCUCUGCGAAUGCCACACAGCGAUGGUCCCAAAUGCUACCGGAGCCCUACAAGCAGCUGCUGGACGGCUUGAGUGACGCUCAGCGGGCUGUAUACGAAGACUUCGAUCAUCGCGUGCACGGCACCAAUAUCAGUCACACCCAGAAUGCCUCGAUCGAUUCGACAGGACGACAGAUUCCAGAUGUGCUACAAGAGACGCUGGCCAUGCCCAACCUGUCCACUCCAGCAGAUCAGCAUGUCGUGCCGCAUCAGAGUCCGCUUGGCCUGCACGAUGGGCGCGGUGUCGACUCAGCUCCUCAACCACGUCUCAAUGGCCUCGACGCAGUGCCGCCACAAGAGCGGGUCUUUGCGCUGGUAGAAGAUAUGCAGAAGGCUGCUCGAGCUUCUGAUGCCAUGCGACUGGCCGACCUCGAGAAGGACAACUCAAUGUUCCACGACUUUAGACAGAUAUUGAUGGUCAUCACAGGAUCUCAGCGUCCCAAUUCCGAGAUACUGGCAAGACAAGUCGCAGAGAAGGUAUGCAACAUCUUUGCGACAAAGCCUCCGAACAAGUUCCUCGAAGCAGAGAUUCUCUCCUUCCUACUGUCGAAGCUGUGUGUCUUGUCAGAAAUGAUCAUCAGAGAUGUCUUUCGCUGGGUUUCGAGCAAUGAGCCUGUGCUCCUGAGCAAUGCCAACGUUGUGGCAGGAUUAGUGGCUCCAGGGUUAAUGGACCUCAGCCGCGUGGAUGCCUACCUGGCCGAUGCCUUGUUGCAGAGAGAGCCGCAAGGUCUACAGAUCCUAUCUGAGUUGUUGGAUCUGACUCUGUUCACUGCGGAGCCUACGACCCUGCGAGCUGAUUUCGUCAACAGUCUCGUCGCAAUGUCUACCUGGCUACGCGAAGAUCCAUCACUUGCUCUCGCUUCAGGCAUCAACUCGAGACUAGCUGCGCACGGAAUGUCCGCUAUCGAUGCUGUCCCUGUGUCUGACAAGGUCAAGGCUAAGCAGGAUCAAAUGCGGUAUAUCUUUGACGAAUGGCUGCGAUUGUUUGACAAUCGACCUGCUGAUGCCAGCGCUGUGGCAGCAUUCUUCCGCGACAUACACCAGGAGAAGAUCGUCAAUGAUGCAGCAGACACAGUCGAAUUCCUACGUCUCGCUAUUGAUGCGUGCGUCGAUGGCUUCGAGAAAGAGGCAUCCAGUACUCGUGGGAGUUUCAAUGAUGCUUUCAGCACUACUGAUGCUUUGGCCAGCUUCGUCAUGAGCCUCGUGCUGUUCCAAGGCGAGUCGGGUGGCGCCGUCCAGCAGGCCAGGGCUGCGCAUCUCGAGUCGAUUUUGUCCUUGCUUGUGUUGAUCAUCAAUCACAGCCAGAACAUGCACGGAGUCCAUUUCCCACAGCGGGUUUUCAAUCGCCUGAUCAGCAGCAUGCUAUACGAACUAUCUGCUGCAAGACUCGAGGAUGGGAGUGAGCAAAACCAGAUGAUCCGAGCCUUCGGAACAAUGCUCAAGUCACUACAGCCGUCAUGGUUUCCAGGACUCUCCUUCGCUUGGAUGGGCUUGAUUGUCAACCGGGUCCUGGUAAAAGGCCUCCUGAAGGAGGGACACGAGACUGGUCACCAAAUCUACCGCGACCUCACCGGCUUGUCGCUCAUGUUUUUCUCGGACGGCAUUCGUACAGCUAUCUCACAAACGGUGCUAGCAGAGUUGUAUCGAGGCAUCUUGCGCAACAUAUUGGUCAUUCAUCACGACUAUCCCGACUUCCUCAGCGCCAAUUACUCAUACCUCUGCAGUCGCAUAGGAUAUGAGAUUCCACAGCUGAGGAAUCUAAUCUUAACAUGCCGUCCAGUGUCUUGCGGGGACCUGCCUGAUCCGACAAUGCCAGGUCUGAAAAUCGAGCGACUGGAUGAGAUGAAGAAAAGCCCGGAGCUGCCUUCCGACUUCGAUGCGUUGCUGAGGUCAGAAAAUAUUCACGACUUGAUCGAAGCUGCUCUGAAGAAGAAUGCCGACCUGGAUAGUCUUGCCAGGCAGAUCUACACCAAAUUGGCAGCUGCUGCAUCUACUGCCUCGAAGGCCUCACCCCAGCGUAUGAUCGAGCUCAUCAAUACACUCGUCCCCUUUAUCGGUCAAGCAGCAUCUCAGGCCGGAGCCAAGUUCGAACCCAAUGGACCGGCUACGAAACUGCUGAUGACUCUUGCGGUGUUCCUGGACGCUGAGCAGCGCUACUACCUUGUCAACGCCCUCGCCGAUCAGAUCCGCUUCCCAAACACGCACACAGAUUACUUCCUCAAGUUCGUGCUACACCUUUGGGGCAAUGGAGCGACCAUCACCGACGUGCAGCGCGAAUUGAGAGAGCAGAUUUGUCGCGUGCUGUUGGAGCGCAUUUCGGUGGCGAGACCGCAUCCAUGGGGCAUCACGAUCUUGAGCAUGGAGCUGCUAAGUAACAACAGCCUGGGUUUCUGGGAAGUGGUUGCAGCGGAAGGUGGGCAGCAGAUGCAGGCGAGGCUGCAGGUUGCUAUUAGGCAGGCUGGCCAUUGA